AACAGUGGUUCGGUUGUUCGCCGGGCGGCGGCACGCAGUCACCGGGAUUGUGGUGGAUUUAGGACAACAUUUGCCUCUAAAACGUGAGAGAAACGUGAGGACGUUUGUCGGUUGAUGCCUUGUGACGGCUCGCGCACCUUCACGAGACCGGAUCCAGCAUCAGGUUGUUAGCUAAAAAGUUUAGCAUCUCGACGCGACGUUUUUUCUGACGCGAUUUUAUUCCCUUUUUUUUCUCCCCGUUUCCUCCUUCUGUCUCUUCACGGACCGCCGAGUUGGUCAACAAUCUGCAGAAUGACUUCAGGAGCCUCGUCUGAAAAGAAACGACAGAGCUGUGAACGUAGAAAGGCGAGAUGUCGUGAUGCGGCCCGCUGUAGACGGGUGAAGGAGACCGAGGUGUUUAAUCAGCUGGCCAAUCAGCUUCCUCUCCAUCACAGCGUCUCCGAGAGCCUCGAUAAGGCCUCCAUCAUCCGUCUCACGCUGAGUUACCUACACCUGCGCUCGGCUCUCAACACGGUGAUGAUGGCUGAACAGUCGGAGUUGGACACACAGUGGAGCUCUUCAUGUCUCAAGGCUCUCGACGGCUUCCUCAUGAUUCUCUCUCAGGAUGGAGACGUUGUUUACACAUCAGAAACCGUCAGCAAGUGUCUGGGGAUUUCACAGAUUGAUCUGUCAGGACAGAGUGUGUUUGAUUUCACUCACCCGUGUGAUCAUGAAGAGAUCAGAGAGAUGCUGGUUAACAGAACAGGUUCCUGUAAGAAAUUGAGAAACGAGCAGAGUUGCUUGUUGCGGAUGAAGUGCACACUGACCAAUAGGGGGCGCACCGUCAACCUCAGAUCUGCUACGUGGAAGGUUCUCCGCUGUUCCGGUCACAUCCGUGUGGAGUGCACGCAGAACGGUGCGUACGGAGAGAGCAGCGCGCCCGUAUCGUACCUGGUGCUCAUCUGUGAACCCAUCCCACAUCCAGCCAACAUCGAGGUUCUUCUAGACUCCAGAACAUUCCUGAGCAAACACUCACUGGACAUGCGCUUCUCCUACUGCGACGAACGGGUCACACAGUUGUUGGGUUAUGACCCCGAGGACCUCCUUCAACAUUCUGUGUACGAGUUUUAUCAUGUGCUGGACUCGGACAGUCUGAACAAAACACACCACAACUUAUUUGUGAAGGGCCAAGCGUGUACAGGUCAGUACCGUAUGCUGGUGAAGGGCGGAGGCUUUGUGUGGGUGGAGACUCAGGCCACCGUCAUUUACAACAACAAAAACUCUCAACCGCAGUGUGUCAUCUGCCUCAACUAUGUCCUCAGCGGUGUCGAAGAAGCCGAGCUCGUUUUUUCUCUCCAUCAGUCAGCAAUAAAGCAGGAAAAGGAGGACGAGUGUGGAGCGGAGAGAAAGAUACAGAGCCAGGAAGCAGUGACCGUGAUAAACGAGGGGAGGAAAGAGGAGAAGAGGGAGGGAGAAACGGAGCUACAGACUGACGCUGACAUCACACUGGACUUCACCAACACGGAAACAUCAGCGCUCGGAGACGCUCCUCUCUAUAACGACGUCAUGCUGCCCUCCACCGGCGUCCUUUCACCCCUUUCACCACCCGCCGAUCCGCCCUGUGCCACCCUGCCCCGGCUGGACGACUUCCCCUUCCCGCCGUCCUCUGCUCCGGUUUCGACCGGUCGCGGUUCCUCUCAGGUGGUAGAGGACCUGGAGUUGGAGAUGUUGGCUCCGUACAUCUCCAUGGAUAACGAUUAUCAGCUCCGUACGCACGCGGACGGUCCGGAGAAUCUCGAUUCUGUCAAGAACAACACCAGAGCGCAGACAGAUCGCAGCAAUACGCCUCGCAUAGAACCGCAGGACAAAGCUGGGUUUUUUGCGAGUCAGCCGAUCCAGAAGAGAACGUCAGACACGAUUUCUCUGUCAUGUGCUGCAGGGCUGGUGGUAGCAGACUCGCCUCAGGUCAAAAGGUCAAAGGUCACGAUGCCGGAGACCCGUCCACCGGCAGCCAUGCCAGAGACUCUGACUAUACUGUUGCUUCCCUCAGACGUUUUAAACCAGUUAAUGGUAGGAGGAGCCAUCAUUAAGCCCCUCCCACACAUCACUCAUUAGGAGGAGGAGGAGAAGCUUCAGCACGCGCAGGACCGAAUGUACGGAUUUUUAAUAUCGAAUAUAUUUCUUCAUUUUUGAGAUUUUGUAAUUUGUUUAAUUGUAAUUGAAAAUGUUUCAAUGUUUUUUUUUUGUAUGUUGUUAUUUUAAUGCAUUUUUGUUUAACCCAAAAGUGCUCGUUAUAUUUAAUUAUAAAACUCAUGACUCAUUGUUUAACUUCAUGUAUAACUUUUAACUAUUCCGACAUCCAAUAACAUACAGAUUUCAAUGGAUGAGAGAAGCGUUCGUCUCCUCGUACGUUAAAUUAUCCUAAACAAGUGUUUUUUUUUAACGUCUCUCAAAUAUUUCAAUCUGCCUCUAACCCCGCCUCUAAACCUACCUCAACUCCUACCUAAUCACGACCGCCUCUAAAGUGUCGAAGCCCCGACGCCGUACGAGACGCGACAAAUACGGCAGGAGACGUCGUCGACUUACAUCGACAUUCUCUAUAGAGUUUAUCUGCCCGUUUGAUUCAGUACGUUGUAUUAGAAGAAAAGUAGAUCAGGCUUUACAAUAUAAGGCAUUAUUUUACCCUAUUGUUAAUAUUUUGAAGGAAAAAAAUUCACUUUCGAAUACAUUUAGUAUAAUAACAUAUUUAAUGUUAUUAAUAUGUAAAAGUUGUUUGACGGUAGUUUGUGCCUUAAAUGAUAAAAUAACCGAUGUGUCCUCACAUCAGCGCUCCUGCUGUCUGACCUCUCGCCAUGUGGCAGCACAACACACACCGUGCUCCUGAACUGCAAUGGAGCUUUAUUAGAGUGUGACUUGUGUCCAGCGCAGCAACUCGUACACGUACACGUACACGUAUUUACUCAAUCUAUUCCUUAAGCCCUAUUCGGACGGGAUUAGUUUUACGUGGGGACGUGGAGUAAUGCAAUUUUACCUCAGGACGUAAGGUAAAAGUCGCCGUAAUCUUUACUGACAUUAGCCCUAUUCGGACGGGAUUAGUUUUACUUGGGACGUGGGGGUAAAGUAAUUAUUACCAGAGCUUCUCUGUGAUUUUAGUCCCGUCCGAAUGUGCCAUCUCGGUAAUCAUUACGGACAAUGUCAGUAAAGAUUACGGCGACUUUUACCUUCUGUAAAAAGGUCUGGAAAAAUGACCUCAGGUAAAACUAAUCCCGUCCGAAUAGACCCACUGUAAACAUGUACGUUUACAGUUUUUGGCGCGUUUUGCAAGCAUGGAGGCGCCAUGUUGUCUGUUUGCGCACGUGAGAACAGGAAGCAACGUCAUACGCACAUGAUGACAAGGAGGUUACUUUGGUGCGUAAAGCGAGUUACCCCUCCCACUUCUGCUAGUUUUACUCAGAUGUCUUGUCCCGUGCGAAUUGGCCAAUUAAUAUUACAGACGUCCUGAGGUAAAAUUGCAUUACUCCACGUCCCCACGUAAAACUAAUCCCGUCCGAUUAGGGCUUAACACUUCCUAACACUUCCUAUCUUCAUAACUAUUCUUCCUAUCUUCUAACUAUAACUACCACCAUUAACACAAAUCCCGCCCCUAACCGCGCUCUUUAUUCUCAGUGUGUAUCGCCCUCGUGCAACACAUUCGAUAUGAUUAAGAUAUCAAAACAUUUCGAUAUCGAGGUGUUAAAAUAAUUCAUUAUAUAAUUCAAUCAUAAUUCCAGUUAAUAUUUAAUGUAUAUGUUUAACCAUCACUGAAACAAAUCACCAGCAGCUUGUACAAUAUCAUUUUAAUCUAUAAUUUGUCAAUUAAAAUCUUAUUCUUUUUAUUUUUAAUUUUUUGCCUGAUUUCUGAACCAAAGUGAAUAUGAAUGUAGAAGCCGUGCAGUUCAUGUGAUUCCCGUUUGUCUGUUAUAUCGGUGUGGAGAGAUCAAAUAUAUCACUUAUAUCAAAUGUAUAGAAAAGACAUAAUGAUGUAUUUUAUUGGGACAAAGGUGAUAAUUCUAUAUUAACGUUACUAAUAUAUUUUAUUGUGUAUACGUAUAUAUAUAUAUAUAU